CCUCCCUGUCCUCAUUCCAACAUCUCUUCACCUAAAGAACACAAGGACUAAUACAGACAAGAUGACUAAAGCUUUCUCCUCUGUUGAAUGGCUUGCUCAAAGCAGCCGCAGAUCUCACAGAGAGCAGCCAAGCAAAGUGGAUCAGAGAUAUUCACCGUACCCCAGGCCAUCCCUGCCUUCCUGGAACAGUGAUGUGUCCCCUUCUUCAUGGAACAGCCAACUAUCUCCAGAUCCAGACAGUGCCCAAGUCUCACCAUGCCCUGUGAGUGCACAAGUAUCUCCAUAUUCCUCAGACAGUGAAAUAUCACUGUAUUCACAUGAAGAAGAAGCCUCUUUCUAUGGAAUGGACUUUAAUACAUCAUCAUCCCCUGGAGACAAUGGAUUGCUACACAGGGACACAACCUCAUACUCCAGAGGAAUGGAGGCCAUGUCGGCCAGCACUCCAGCAACAUCACCUGUGAAAGGGGCACAACCUGUUGAUUCCGCCUACAGCACUAGCACUGACUCAGGCUAUGAAAGUGAAACGAGUCGAUCCAACUCUACAGCCCCUGAAGGAGAUGCCUCCGUAUCUCUGAGUCCCAAUGAUACCUCAGAUGAAGAGGGCAAGAUGGGCCGAAGGUUGAGGACGGCUUUCACCAGUGAUCAGAUCUCCACUCUGGAGAAGACUUUUCAGAAACACAGAUACCUUGGGGCGUCUGAAAGACGGAAACUCGCAGCCAAACUCCAGCUUUCUGAAGUCCAGAUUAAAACUUGGUUCCAGAACCGCAGGAUGAAAUACAAACGGGAAAUCCAAGAUGGCAGACCAGACUCAUACCACCCAGCCCAGUCCUUUGGUGUGUACGGCUAUGCACAGCAGCCCACUCCUGUAUUCCAGCAUGCAGUCCAACAUCCCUACCCAGGUUAUAACCCACUAAUGGAAACCCUGCCUGGUACCAUGCCCUAUACCAUGCAUUCUCCUGCCAUGGACUCUCUGACUCCCUUCAACUCUCAACCUUUUCAGAUGCUCUACCUGCCCCAACAGCACCUUGGGCAACCUCUGACCUAUCAGGAAGAAAGGCCAUUUGUUAGAUAUUAAUCUAGAAUUUAUAAAAGGACUAUACUAAAGGCUGGACUUUUCCAUGGACUUCUGUCCUCCCGCAGGACAAACAAAAUUGCACUGAAUAUUGUUAUUGACAAGAUGUUUACUGAAUGGAUGGCUAAUAUUGGGCCAUGUGUUAUGUUAUUGACAUGAUUUUAUUCACAUUGAAUAGUGGCGUGUAUAUUCUAUGAAAAAUACCAUGACUAAUAAAUGUAAGUUAUAUUUA